AUGGCCAUCCCAUUGCUGUGGCUCUUUAUAUUAUUGGGGUUACUUAGCGGGUCCUCAUUGGCCGACACUUCCUCCUUUUAUAGUCAUCGUCGUUCUUUCUCGUAUUCGUUACCGACCACCUAUGCUGACCCCAGCCCAUACCAAGGACUCGCAUUUGGAUCGAACAAUGUCACUGUUCCACUACGUACGCAGCGUGAUCUUGCUCUCAAUGUCACGAUCGAUCACUGGCUAUGGCCGACGUUGAAUAUGAAUACCGCAUAUUUUGGCAACGACUACUCGACUCAGAAAUUGACCAACGUGCAGCAAGUGAUGGCUAUGGGCUAUCGACGCCUUGUGCUUGAUUUGUAUUGGGAUGCAGGACGACAUCAAUGGCAGCUAUGUCCUGCAGCCACCAUGAAUGAUAACAACUACUACACUUGUGCCACAUCCGAGAACAGUUUUCGCCAAUUUAUGCAACAAGUCGAUGAUUACAUGGUCUCCACCAACGUCUCGGCUGCUCCUUCUGAUACCGAUCUUUUGUUCUUGGUGUUCAAUUUACAUCCAUUACAAUCAUCAUCCAGUAAUAACAAUAAUGCCGUAACAUCACGACAGCAGCAGCAAGGCGAUAGUUUGAGUGAUACCAUCAUCGAUAUCAUUGGCACCGAACGACUCUAUACACCUUCCAAACUCGAGCAGGAUCGUCGCAAUGGCACCGUUGGUCACGAUAGUUGGCCAACAUGGCUCAAUUUGAUCAGCGAUCGGGUCCAAUUGCUGGUAGGCUUGGGAUCAAAUGAAUUGGGCAAUUCAAGCGGCUAUAACACAGGUGUCGAUCUUGAUAUGAUAUUUGGCGAAAAUCAGCUAUUGGAGGUCACUGCAGUGGCAGCAUCAAGUAAUCUAUCGCAAAGUCUUUCUCAUUGCACAACCAACAAUGGAUCAUGGGCCACGUUGAUCGAUCGGCCGAGCGAUCCCUUUGUAUAUAAUACAACACUUAAAGCGACCUAUUGUGGAUAUUCUCCUUAUUUCACGACAAGCAACUAUACAUCGGACAUCAGCAAGAAUGAUAAUCACUCCAUCACUCAUCUUCAAGACAACGUCCUUGGCACGAUUUGGUCAUGGGAUGUGGGUCAACCUAUGGCAAGCAGCAACCCGCAUUGUACAAUGAUACAGCGUUGGAAUGGACGAUGGCGAUCGGGCUUGUGCACUGAAUUAUUACGUGUAGCAUGUCGGCAUAAAGAUGAUCCAAACAAGUGGGUGUUGACGGCAACUUAUGUAUCCUAUGAUCGAGCUUUUUCUGCGUGUCCUGACAAUUAUGUCUUUGAUGUUCCUCGUGUGGCCGUUCAAAACAAGCAGCUUUUCCAAGUAUUACAAGCCGAUCUAUUAGAAAAUGGUCCACAUGAUGAAGGCAUCAACAAUCCACUGCAUCAUUUAUUUUGGAUCAAUCUCAAUACGGGAAGCAAUGGCGCAUGCUGGGUCGUGGGCUUAUAUUCGACAUGCUGGUGGUUACGCGAGGAAGGUGCUGCGUUUGCCAAUCUUAUUCGAACAUCGGCGGUCGCAGGUGUGAUUAUCCUAAUCCUAGUGGGCAUCUUUACUUGGGUCAAAUGUGCUCGGUCAUGGCGUGCUCGUAAGGCUAGAUCACGAAAGAGUUUUAUCAAGGAGCUGCUGGCAAGGCGUGAAUACGUAACGGUUCCUGCAUAA